GCGGACACUGAAUCAAGGCGUUAAACGCGCAAUUUUCGGGUGUAGUUCUUUGUUCUUUCAAUACCUGGCCCGAGCAUUUCUUGACACAUCACCACCCAGUUCACCCUACAACACCGCCGCCUUUUAUCUUUUUAGCUGGCAAAGGAGCUUGCUGCAUUGUAUUCUUAUUGGGUAAUCGAAAUGACAGCUCCAAACUUCACGGCGGGUGGCCAAUCUGCAGUUGACAGCACCGAUCCUUACACACCUUACCCUUCACGAUCGUCUUAUGCAACGCUUGCCGAAUACCUAUGGAAAACGCCCUUCAUUUUUAACGGGCGAUUUGACGAUGAUACCCGAGCAGCAAUUAUUGCCGAAUGUUAUCAAUCCUUAUGGCAGUAUAAUCCGACGUUAAUGCAUCAAUAUUUUUUCAAGAACCAAAACGAUUUACAAGAUGCGAUUCGCGCUCAAUUACACGACAUGACUGGCAGGGAGUACUCCAAAAUGGCUAUGGAUGACCCCUCUUCCUUGAUUUGGCACACAAAUGGUUUAGUUCCAUCCCCUGACCUUUCAAGUGAGCGCGGACGACAGUGUGGACAUGUUUUUCGAAAGGGAGAACCCGUAUAUCGCUGCAGGAAAGGAUCUUGAGGAAUUAGACUAUGAGAAAGAGAGUGUCGGGCAGUGCGGUUAAGUGGGGAAC